AUGGAGCGGGUGCUAGGCGUGGGGCUUUGGUGCGUGCAUCCGGACUACGCGUCCCGGGCGUCGAUUCGGCAGGCCAUGAGCGUCCUCCAGUUCGAGGCGCCAUUGCCGGAGCUCCCGCUGGAGAUGCCGGUGGCCACGUAUGGGCCGCCUGUUGCCGGCAGGGGUUACUACUGGUCGACCACCACCACGUCGUCGUCCGCAGGUGCCAACACCGGAGGCCACUCGUCAACUAGUGACCGGACGGCGGAGCACUCGUUUGCCUCGUCGGCCAAGAGCGGUGGCACCCAUGGCACAUCUUUUGUCACUUCCAACACGGCACCCAUGGGCGGUGCGCGUGAAUCCGCCAUGCCCAGUCACGUCGCGGACCGGUUCAGCACUCAUUCCACUGGUGGACGCUCGGGCACGAUUGAGCAGUUUCGGUCGACACGCUGA